AUGGUGCGCGAGCAUCCGACACAGACUUUCGCAAGAAAUGGGACACUUAAGGAAGAAUACCCGGAGAAGGCGCGUCAGCACGACCAGGAGGAGAAAGAGCGCAUGCAGGAGAACGAGGAGCGGCUGAAACAAGGGAAGAAGCCUAAGAAAGACCGUCGGGAUGACCUCCCUAAACCCACGGAACUCAUGAAGCGGCGCGAAGGCGACUUGGAACCGGACAAGAGCCUCGACAGUGUAGGGUACCUGGAUCACAUCAACGGUCGUGCACAUCUAUGUGCCCUCGGUCAAACCACUCGCAUUGAGCGCUCGAUCGUAGAGCAGGUUCGUGCACGCAUUGCCUACCUAAGGGAAAAGACCCGUGAAGCCUCCACCGCAAAGUCCUUCGACUUCAAACAGCGCCUAGCAGAAUCGCGCGAUCGGGAGGCUGCAUUGUGCGCAGAGAAAGAGGCAGCGAAGGAGGCCCUGCGGGAACGUGCACGGGUAGAGCUUGCGAAAGAGAUCUACCACGGCUGUUGA